AUAUGUGCCCUGUCAAGUAAAGCUAGCUUCUCUUUUAUUCAAAAUCGUUUUCAUCAUCCAUGGCAGCUGAAUUUGGGCAAGAGGAGGAGACGAGGGCCGUGAGAAUAUCUUCCAAAACCCAUGUCAUGCCCCGCAAGAAACUAGGAAGAAGAGAAUGCCAACUGGUAACAUUUGAUCUUCCAUACAUAGCUUUCUACUACAACCAAAAGUUGCUAUUUUACAGGGGGAUCAGUGACUUUGAGGACAUGGUGAGGAAAUUAAAAGAUGGGCUGGGUGUGGUUUUGGAAGAUUUCUAUCAGCUUGCAGGGAGACUAGGCAAAGAUGAGGAGGGGGUCUUUAGGGUGGAAUAUGACGAUGAAAUGGACGGCGUGGAGGUGAUGGAAGCUACCGCUGAGGGCAUUGAAAUAGCUGAUCUGACGGUUGAGGACGGCACCGGCACUUUGAAGGAGUUGACACCUUACAAUGGUAUCUUGAACUUGGAGGGCCUUCAUAGGCCUCUGUUGGCAGUGCAGUUAACGAAAUUGAAAGACGGACUGGCGAUAGGAUGCGCAUUCAACCACGCCAUCCUCGACGGGACCUCCACUUGGCACUUCAUGAGCUCCUGGGCCCAGAUCUGCGGUGGGUCCCCUUCCAUCUCUGUCCCACCCUUUCUGGACCGCACCAAAGUCCGUAGCACACGCGUGAAGCUCGACCUCUCACUCCCCAACUCGGACCCGCUUGCUUCAUCCAACGGCGACGCAAAGCCGGGCUCCCAACCCCAACUUCGGGAUAAACUUUUCAGGUUUUCCGAGGCAGCCAUUGACAAGAUUAAGUCAACGGUCAACUCAAAAACUCCAUCAGGGGACGCCUCAAAACCCUUCUCCACAUUUCAAUCCCUCUCCGUCCACAUCUGGCGCCAUGUAACCCAUGCACGUGAACUGAAACCAGAAGACUACACAGUCUUCACCGUCUUUGUCGAUUGUAGGAAAAGGGUGGACCCGCCGAUGCCAGAAAGCUACUUCGGGAACCUAAUCCAGGCCGCAUUCACAGUGACGGCAGCCGGUCUGUUAUCGGUCAACCCGCCAGAGUUUGGUGCGUCAAUGAUUCAAAAAGCGAUAGAAAUGCAUAAUGCCAAGGCGAUAGAGGAGCGGAACAAAGAGUGGGAGAGUUCACCGAAGAUAUUUGAGUUUAAGGAUGCAGGAGUGAACUGCGUGGGUGGGAGCUCGCCAAGGUUCAAGGUUUACGAAGUGGACUUCGGGUGGGGGAAGCCGGAGGGAGUGAGAGGUGGGUCCAACAAUAGGUUCGACGGAAUGGUGUACUUAUACCAAGGAAAAGGGGGUGGAAGGAGCAUUGAUGCGGAGAUUACCUUGGAGGCUGGGACCAUGGAGAGGCUGGAGAAAGACAAGGAGUUUCUUAUGGAUCAUCAUCUGGUUUAAUUAAUUAAGGUAUUAAUAUUUAUUCAUGAGCACUAUAUCUAUCAGGAAUUUAAGGCCAUGCUAUAAGUAUUCAUGUGAUUUCUAUAUCAUGAUCGGGAUGAUGAGAUCAUGAAUCAUGAUCAAUGUAUGUGCUGCUUUGCUGAUCUUUUAUUUAAUUUCUUAAAUCUUAUGGUUUAUUAA